AUGGCACCAAAGAAGCGUACCCCUAGUGCUGCCAAUGCGUCACCACUCAGUCCAACAGCCGAAGGCUCGCGGGAUUCAAAGCCUCCUAUGGCUUCUGCAACUUCUCCCCUUGAGUUCUCUUCUACAUACCAAUUCAAGCGACCACCCGCCGACAGCCCAGUAUCCAGAAAGGUUCAAGGUCUUUCAAACGACGACCGCAUAUUUCUUACUUUCGAUUUUGAGAAAGUUAGCAAAAAGCCUACCAAAUUACAAUAUUACAAUUUCAUACGACUUUUCAAUCCAGAGACGACUAGCAAACCCAACGACCUCAAAGAUUCUCUGAAAGACGCUUUUAUGACCGAAGUCAGACCAUUACUCAAACCCUACAUUCUACCGCCGCCCCCUGCCUCGAUGGAUACUGAUCAUCAACAAGAUUUUGACCCUCUCGGCCGCAAGACUACACGAAAAAUGCUUGUAAAAGCUAUUCAUCAAAAGACUGCAGACGCUACGGUACCUACUGGAGCCACAAUUGACGAUGUUUUGAUUCUUUACAAGUACUAUGUUGAUCCCGGAAUGAAACUUCCACCAAAUGAUCGAUUUAUCAAAAGGCCUCGAGUAGUCCCGGUCGAUCGCCUCAAGAACGAAAGCAUGGAGGAUAUUGUUUUAGCUUUGCGCUACCACGCUCCUCGCAUUUAUGUAAGAUCUUUGGCCAUGAACAAGGACACCCUCAUGGAUCUGUACAUACAUUUUAUUCAUGACGAGACUCCGCGUAGUCCACUCAUACCCGGCUUUCAUUACACUAUUUUGGCGUUAACGGCCACUGAUCUUGGGGACCCAAUGGAACACAGUGACAACUAA